AUGCUACAUUCAAAACUGGAAGAAACAACAGCACAAUUUUUCAUACUUGAUGCGGUGCAUCCACCAUCUAUGUCAGGAAUAUCUGUAUAUGAGGUGCAAGUUCCGCAAAGUGUUGAAGAUGCACAAGUCUGGCAAUUAUUUUGACCAUUUGUGCAAGUUGGUGUUAGUUUUCUUUCUUUUUCUGUAGCAUUUGAUCUUAUUUCUUGGCUAGAUCCUUGAAUAUCGUUGUUUUGGAAAAGCUGAUUAAGAAUCUCAGGAUCUGAAACGGGAGCUUUAGAACUUUCCUCAUGCUCCAUGAUGUUGUCUUGCAUUGCAGAAGCUCCAAACAUCAGGAUAAGAAUAAACGCUACCACUACCAUAUAUUUUUAUUAA